UCCCACUCAUCCUUACUUACAUUGAUCCAUUCUCACGUUUUCAUUUCUGGGUUUUUGUACGUGAUCAGAGGGGUAAGUGGGUUGGUCAAAGUCUAGUUUCUCUCCUAGCUUUGCUGAACGGAACCUCGAUCUAUAACAUCUCCUUGCUGGAGUUAUGAUUCUUGAAGACUGAAGGAGCCGAAAUUAUGCUGAAGAGAGGAGGAAAUACGAACAUCUUCGUCCUCAUUUUAUUUUACUUCGCCCUUCCCUUUCUUCAAGCAAGACCCGAAGAAAAUGGCGGUGUCUUUGAUUCGAAGCCCAGAAAUUGGAAUAGCAGGAAAAUCGUGGAGUCGAAAGGAGCACCUCGUUCUGUAAUUUGGGUGGUUCAGCUCUCUGAUCUCCAUUUCAGUGUUCACCAUCCCGAUAGAGCUCUCCAAUUCAGGGAUUUUGUUGGCCCUGCUCUUGCUAUGAUCAAUCCUUCUCUUGUUCUUAUCACCGGUGAUCUCACAGAUGGCAAAAGUAAGGACUUGUUAACAAUGAUACAAAUUGAGGAGGAAUGGAUGGAAUAUCAAAAUGUAAUGGAAGAGGUUAUAACAAGAAGUGGACUAGACAAAAGCAUCUUCUUUGACCUCAGAGGAAAUCAUGAUAAAUUUGGUGUUCCAACUGUUGGUGGUUCGUUUGAUUACUUUUCAAACUAUAGUAUCAGUGGACAGCUGGGAAGAAAUGCAAAUGUGCAAAGUGUCACUGUUCAGGAUGGUCAACAAAAGUACCUCUUUGUCGGAUUUGACAGCACCAUGUCUGUUGGUUUGAGAGGGCCAUCAAAUGUCUUUGGGCAUCCAACUGAUCAGCUAUUAACUGACUUAGAUUUGGAGCUCUCUCAAUGGGAUUCAUUGACAACUGAUCCAGUAACUAAGAUUUCCUUUGGCCAUUUUCCUCUCUCAUUCUCAGCUUCCUCCCUCUCAGGAAAGAGUCUGAGAGAUAUCUUUUUGAAACAUUCUUUAUCAGCUUACUUAUGCGGACAUCUCCAUACAAGGUUUGGCAAAAAUUUGAAGAGGCAUCAUCAUUCAAAUUCUAAUCUUUUGUCACAGAAGUUUUUCCAGUUUAAUGUGCACCAAAUAUCUUCUGGAAGUAUCACCAACUGUUCACUUGAAGUUCCGCCAGUUCAAGAAUUCUGGGAAUGGGAGAUGGGUGACUGGAGAAAGAGUAGGGCCAUGCGAAUUUUGGCCAUUGAUAGUGGUCAUGUGUCAUAUGUUGACAUUGACUUCAAGACAGAAAUUAAGAAAACUAUUUUGUUGCCAACAUUUCCGUUAGACUCACGCUUUAUGUCAAGAUCUUCAUCACCUUAUGAAUAUAAAUGCCAUUUUGUGGCUUCUUCAGCUUAUGAAAAUAUAAGAGCGCUUGUUUUUUCUAUUUCUCCUAUUGUAUCUGUGGUGGCUAGAAUAUAUGACUCUAAUCCUGGAAUUCUCAGUUUGAUUCUACAAGCACCUAUGAGUUUGCGUGUAGAUAACAUCUCAAGAGGAGAUCUUUACACUGCUCCAUGGAAUUACAAAGCCUUUGAAGAUCCAUCUCCUGAUAGAUAUUAUCUGCAAAUAGAAGCAAUUGAUAUUGCAGGAAGGUCAACAUUAUCUGACUUGAGGCCAUUUUCUAUCAACGGUCUCACUGCAAAAGUGUCCUGGACAUGGAAUGAGUUCAGGGUUAUGGGAGUCCAAUGGGCUGCCUUAUAUUACCCUGUACUCUGGUCGGCUCUGUUUAUCAUGCUCUCAAUGCUUAUACCUCCAAAAGCGAUUCUUAUUUUUACAAAGAAGCAAUACACUUACAACAAUUUCAAGCUGAAUAAAAGCUUCCUAAAUGGCAUGGCAUGGGUUAUACAUGAGCUUAGCAGGAUUCCCAUGGCAUGGUUCUGCAUAGUAGGUUACCUAAUCUACCUUAUAUCAUUUCCAUGGUUUAUUGGGAAAGUCUUCACAGAUGGCAAGGACUGGGGAUACAUGACCUAUAUGGGAUGGGUGGUCAAAACUUCGAAUGAAAUGGACAAACAUAGAUAUAUUGGUUCUCCAGAUAUACUGGUUGUGGUUCUUUCCCAUCUUCUUUUUGUGGUUUACCCUGCUAUUUUUAUCAUGGUUGCUUUUGCCAUUGAAAGAGGAGUCUAUGCGGACCAUUUCCUCUCUCUUUUAGCAAAGAAAGAAGAUGAUUAUGACUACAAUAAUAAGAGGCUUGAAUCAUUUGACUUGAAAAGCAGUGGAAGGUUUAGUUUUUGGUUUAGAUGGAGGUGGAUUCGGAAAGUUCUUCUGAUCAUUUGUGCACUAGUAUGUUGGAAGCAUUUUUUGAGUUGCAGGGCUGUUAUGAAGGCUUAUGAGAUGAAUCCAUUUCUCCACUUUCCUUUGUACUGCUUCGUAACACCAUUGUUGUUGGGUUAUGUUGCUUACCAUACCAGUGGCAUCAACUGAACGUUGGUCGCACAUUUACCCUGGACUUUUGGUCAGCUUCAGGUAUUUUCUUUUCGAGAAGCAAGAUAAGAUAUUAUACAAAAAUUAUGCUUUGUCUGACAUGAUAGGGAACAACAGAUUAGAAAGAACAUAACUCUUGCUUGAAGCCCAAUAAUAUCCCCAUUAUGUUGCAGCAAAUGGGUCGAAACCAAAAACUACAUCUUGAAGAUUUUGCUGUAUGUCUCUUGUAAUGUAGUGUGCUGCAUAUACAUAUCUCUUGUCCUCUGAAUUACUGAGAACUAUAGGUUCGUUUGGAAGUUCUGCUAUUUAUACUUGAGAACAAAUUAUAUGGUGGUUUUGUAACGGUAAGGAUUAGUGUACUCAAAAUCAUUGUAUAUAGUCUACUAUUCUAUUCCCAA